AUGGAAGGUUUUAAUCCAGGAAGAGUCCGGACAAGCAAGCACACAACAGUUCAUCCCAAACAGCACGCCAAUGGUGUCCCCAAAACGAAAGACGAGGUCAAUGCUCCACUGGUUGACGGCUGGAAGCCCGGAACAGACCCGAAGAUAGACCAUUCCGGAGAGUUCGAGUUUGGGGGACCCGUUGGCACCACCAUCAUGAUGGUCUGCUUCCCCAUACUCAUGUGGUACAUGUGGAUAGGUGCGAUUCAUUACAACGGUAGUGUACCUGUCAGAAGUCCUGGACAGACCUGGUUUGAGUUCGCUUUUGAGCUGCUGAACAUAAUUUACGAGAGCGGUUUCCCGCAUGCCAAAGCCUGGUUAUGGUAUUGGACGUACCUUGUCUUUGAAGGUGCCUGCUAUUGCCUUCUCCCAGGUGUCUGGGCCUACGGCAAGCCAUUACCGCACGAGAAUGGCAAACAGCUUCCUUACUACUGUAAUGCGUACGCGAGUUUAUAUUUUACUCUUACGGUUUUCGCCUUGCUGCACGUUACAGGCAUCUGGCCCAUCUACACGGUUAUUGACGAAUUCGGACCUCUCCUAUCUGUUGCUAUUCUAAGUGCUUUCAUUGUAAGCGCUAUCGCCUACGUCUCAGCUAUAUGGCGGGGUAAGCAACACCGAAUGACGGGGGUUUUUCUCUACGAUUUCUGGAUGGGGGCCGAGUUAAACCCGCGUCUAUUCGGGAUCUUGGACUUGAAAAUGUUCCUAAUGGUACGUAUGCCCUGGUUUAUCCUUCUUACCAUAAGUUUGGGUGCUGCAGCACGGCAGUGGGAGGAGUAUGGGUACGUCUCCGCCGAGGUCAUGUUCAUCGUCAUGGCUCAUUACCUGUACGCGCAUUCAUGUAGCAAGGGCGAAGAACUUAUUGUAACAACAUGGGAUAUAUACUACGAGAAAUGGGGUGUGAUGCUCAUUUUCUGGAACUUGGCUGGAGUGCCACUCUCCUACUGCCACUGCACUCUUUAUCUAGCAAACCAUGAUCCCUCCGAGUACCGCUGGAAUCGAGUAGCUUUGGUCAUAUUCACUAUUGCUUAUCUAUUCUGGUAUUGGGUCUGGGAUAGUUGCAAUAGUCAGAAGAACCGCUUCAGCGCCAUGCAAAGAGGAAAGGUUGUCUGGCGCAAAACUUUCCCUCAGGUGCCGUGGCAAACCAUUCAUAACCCCAAGGUCAUCUCCACCCCUGCCGGCAACAUCCUGGUGGAUGGUUGGUAUGGACUUGCACGCAAAAUCCAUUAUACUGCAGACGUAUGGUUCGCCGUCUCAUGGGGAAUGAUUACAGGAUUCCAGAGUCCUUUUCCGUGGUUUUAUGCUGUAUUUUUCAUGCAUGGUUGCACAUCGUGCUUGGAGAGACAUUAA